AUGGGGCUCCAGGCUGGGACAUCCUGGCUCCACCGGGACCUUGUCUUCCUGACCACCGUGGUGGCAAUGCUUCUCCUCUGCACCARUGCUGGCCCAGCUGUACCCGCUGCCAGCUCCCCAAGUGCCCCGAGGUUCCCCCCAGACUGCAGCCACCUGCGCAAGAACAGCCCCAGCGGUGUGUAUGUCAUCCAGCCGGCCAGGUCCCCSCCGCGCGUGGUCUGGUGUGACAUGGACACCGAAGGCAAGGGCUGGACUGUCGUCCAGAGAAACUCCCAUGACACUGAACUCAACUGGAAGCAAUCCUGGACCACGUACAAGUACGGCUUUGGGAACGUGCACAGCGAUUACUGGCUGGGCACCGAGUACCUGCACCUGCUGACACAGCAGAGCACCUACAAGGUGCGCUUUGUCGUGCGGGACAAAACCAACGUCACCCACUACGCUGAGUACGACAUCUUCAGAGUGGAGAGCGAGGCCAGYGGGUACCCGCUGAGGCUGGGCCGGCAUUCUGGUGAUGGGGAUGACUACCUGACCCUCUACCAUCCCAAGAAGGGGGGCAUUCAUGACAACAUGAAGUUCAGCACAGUUGACAAGGACCAGGACCAGUACAGCGGGAACUGUGCCAAGAGCUAUGGGGGCUGGUGGUACCACAGGUGCCAGAACAUCCUGCUCAAUGCCAAAAACUACAUCGUUUGGCCAGGAUUCUGUGAUAAUGGUGACUGCGCGGCCUCYCUCAUCCUGGUCAAACCCACAGAUGUGUGUUGA